AGCCGGCGUUCCUAUAACGCUACUCGUCUUAAUACACACAGGAUUAACACUCCACUAUAUAAUACACACGAUCUCCCUCUCCCUCUCUCAAUUUCUUUCCCUCGCUGCAUUUAAAACAGACUCUUCUCUUUCUCUCGUGCCUUUACUUUUUACCGUGUUGUAAUUUUGGCAGGUUCUGAUAUGGCUACUUUUGGUGCUGCCGCGACUGCUAAUCAAAACCCUAACAAAUCUAUUGAGGUGUCUCAACCUCCUAGUGACUCGGUUUCGAGUCUCUGUUUCAGUCCCAAGGCCAAUUUCUUGGUUGCUACUUCCUGGGAUAACCAGGUAAGAUGCUGGGAAAUCACAAGGAAUGGAACCACUAUAGGAAGUGUUCCCAAGACACAAAUAACACAUGACCAACCGGUUUUAUGCUCUGCUUGGAAGGAUGAUGGUACGACUGUCUUUUCUGGAGGCUGUGACAAGCAAGUGAAGAUGUGGCCUUUACUCUCUGGAGGUCAACCUGUAACUGUUGCAAUGCAUGAUGCACCAAUUAAAGAGAUUGCAUGGAUUCCAGAGAUGAACUUGCUGGCCACAGGAAGUUGGGAUAAGACCUUGAAGUACUGGGAUACAAGACAGUCAAAUCCAGUGCACACUCAACAGCUUCCUGAUCGUUGUUAUGCAAUGACAGUGCGUUAUCCUUUGAUGGUUGUUGGCACUGCAGAUAGAAAUCUCAUAGUCUUCAACCUUCAACAACCUCAGACUGAGUACAAGAGAAUCACUUCUCCCUUGAAGUAUCAAACAAGAUGUGUUGCUGCUUUUCCUGAUCAACAAGGCUUCUUGGUUGGCUCAAUCGAGGGGAGGGUUGGUGUACAUCAUCUAGAUGAUGCGCAACAAAAUAAGAACUUCACUUUUAAAUGCCAUAGAGAUGGCAAUGACAUAUACUCGGUCAAUGCCUUGAACUUCCAUCCGGUGCAUCACACAUUUGCAACUGCAGGAUCUGAUGGUGCUUUUAAUUUUUGGGACAAGGAUAGCAAACAGAGGUUAAAGGCCAUGUCACGCUGUCCUCUUCCCAUACCCUGCUGUACUUUCAACAACGAUGGCUCAAUUUUUGCAUAUUCGGUGUGCUAUGACUGGAGCAAGGGUGCAGAGAACCACAACCCACAAACUGCAAAGACCUACAUCUAUCUGCAUUUGCCACAGGAGUCAGAGGUUAAAGGCAAACCACGAGUUGGAACGAGCGGGAGAAAGUAAAGCUGCAUGUUAUAACCUGAAACACAGAGUGACCUGGAUGUCAAAUUUUCCCCUCUUCCAAUUGUCAAUAUAUCUUUUGGACUCCGGUGAUUUUGUGGAGUGUGCAAAUAGAAGUCUCCGUUAGAGAGAAGAGUUCCGCAUCCAUCAUAUAGAUAAUAGGUGAAUGUAUUCCAUGCCUGGUUUUGCAUCUUAUUCAUCCCAUAGGCCAUAGUGAUGUAGUGGUGUAGCAGUGUUAAAGUUUGAUUGACAUGUAUAGUGAGUUUUCAAAAGUAACUGCCAGCUAGGUUUGAUUUAUAUCCUUGACAAGAAUUCUAAGGCUUGUUAUUAAAUUCUUCAAAGUCCAUGUAUUGAUCUUACCUCAUUACCGGGAAGUCAAAAUCUUUCCUCUGACCCAUAUAUGAUUUCAUGAAUUUUAACUGUUUCUA